UACUGUAGUAUUUUUUUUUUCAAAAUUAUUAGAGCUUUUGAUCCAAACCCUGAUCAAGUGAUUGCCCCCAAUGGAAGCCGCCGGCGAGGGUUACGGCGGAAGAGGAACUCAGCAACCGUCCGACGAGGUGAGUCUGCAACCAGAAUGGCGACGCCGAACUGCCUCAACAGGAAGAGAGCAAACCCUUACACUCCAACCAGAAUGGCGGCGAGGGAAACCAACCGCUUCUCCUUCUCCUUCCGGUACCGGCGAUGAAGGUGAAAAGAAAAUAGAGGAGCAGAAAAAGGAACUGGAAUGGAGAAGCUCAAAGGUGAAUGCAAGUAGUGUUUGGGAACCGGAAUGGAGACGAUCAAGGUCUGAUACUAGUGCUACUGCUACCGCAUAUCCAUGGAAUCGAAAUUAUGGUGUGAAGAAAACGGUGGGAUCAAGUUCCGGUGGUGUUCAUCGAGAUAGAAAUGUUGAAGAAUUGCAGCGAAAUGCUCCAUCGUCAGAUUAUUCAGUUCCAAAACUGGAAAGACUGCAGAUAUCAGACAAUUUAGCUUCAUCAUCUCCGGCACUUGAAAAAGAGGAUAAAACUUCACCAAUUCGGAGACCUGACAGUGGUGGCACAUUAGCGGUUCAUACAAGCACACUCCGUGUCAAUCAUUUCCCUGUUAAGUUCGAUCCAAGGAGUAUAAUAUUUCAUUAUAAUGUUGCUGUCAAACCAAAGUUUUCCUCAAAAGUUGGCCAGCCUAAGAAGUUAUCUAAAAAUGAUCUUUCCAUGAUUAAAGAGAAAUUGUUUUCUGAUGAUCCUGAGAAGUUUCCUUUGGACAUGACUGCACAUGACGGUGCAAACAAUAUCUUUAGUGCAGUGCAGUUACCGGAAGAGACCAUUACCGUGGAGAUCUCUGAAGGAGAGGACGAAAAAAUCACUACAUAUAGUGUUACUAUAACACUUCUUAAUAAACUCCGACUUCACAAGUUAAUGGACUAUCUUUGUGGGCAUUCAUUCUCUCUGCCUCGGGAUAUUUUGCAAGGGAUGGACGUGGUAAUAAAAGAGAACCCCGUUAGGCGCACAAUUUCUGUGGGAAGAUACUUCUAUCCCACAAAUCCUCCUUUGGUAAUGAAGGAACUUCGCCCUGGAAUAAUCGCAGUCGGGGGGUUUCAUCAUAGUUUAAAACCAACAUCUCAGGGUCUGUCCUUAUGUGUAGACUACUCAGUGGUGCCUUUCCGAAAGCAAAUGUCAGUCGUGGAUUUCUUGCAUGAGCGUAUUGAUAACUUUAACUUGGGUGAAUUUGAAAAAUUCAGGAAAUACGUUGAGGAAGUGCUUAUUGGAUUGAAAGUUAGUGUGACACACCGUAAAUCCCAACAAAAAUAUAUCAUUGCAGGAUUAACACCUACAGUUACAAGGUAUGUCACUUUCCCCAUUGACCAUACUAAGGGCUGGAAACUUGAAAAGGAAGUCGGUCUUCUUAGCUUUUUUAAUGACAAAUAUGACAAGGACAUUGUAUACAAAGAUAUUCCUUGUUUAGAUUUAGGGAAAGGCAACAAGAAGAACUAUGUACCGAUGGAAUUUUGUGUUUUAGCUGAAGGCCAAAGGUAUCCCAAGGAGCGUUUAGAUGGUAUUUCUGCAAAGACAUUGACGGCAAUGGCUCUAGCUCACCCAAGUGAGCGGCAGGGUGCUAUACAGAAGAUGGUGCAAUCUAGUGAUGGACCUUGCGGUGGUGAUCUUAUUCAGAACUUUGGAAUGAGAGUCAGCACGACCAUGACAACUAUUCUCGGACGUGUAAUUGGCCCUCCGGAAUUGAAGUUGGGUGAUCCAAAUGGCAAGAAUGUCAAAAUAACAGUGGAUCUAGAUAAAUGUCACUGGAACCUUUCUGGAAGAUCAAUGGUGGAAGGCAAACCAGUUGAGCGUUGGGGCAUUCUUGAUUUCACCAGUAUUGGACCGUAUAAUAGAAAAUUAAGACGAAAGGAAUUCGUUGAAAAGCUUAUAGGUAAAUACAAAAAGUUGGGUAUCUAUAUGCAGGAGCCCAUUUGGUAUGAAGAAUCUUCAAUGAAGAUACUUACGAGUCAUGACUUGCUAUCUGAAUUACUUGAAAAAAUCAACAACAUUUGUAAAUAUAACCAAGGUCGCUUACAAUUUCUUCUCUGCGUGAUGGCUAAUAAAAGUCCAGGUUACAAAUACCUCAAGUGGAUUUCUGAGACCAAAGUUGGUAUAGUGACACAAUGUUGUUUGUCUUAUAGUGCUAAUCAAGGGGAUGACAAAUUCUAUACUUAUCUUGCUCUCAAAAUCAAUGCCAAGCUCGGAGGCAGUAAUGUAGAGCUCAAUAACAGGCUCCCUUACUUUGAGGGUGAAGAACAUGUUAUGUUUAUAGGGGCUGAUGUCAAUCACCCUGGUUCGCGAGACAACAAGAGUCCAUCAAUUGUUGCUGUGGUUGCAACCAUUAACUGGCCUGCUGCAAAUCGUUAUGCGGCACGUGUUUGCCCACAAUUCAAUCGUAGUGAGAAAAUAUUGAACUUUGGGGAGAUUUGUGUUGAGCUUGUUAGUUGCUAUUGGCAGAAGAAUGGAGUCAGGCCUGAAAAAAUUGUUGUUUUUCGUGAUGGGGUGAGCGAGUUCCAGUUUGACAUGGUUCUUAAUGAAGAGCUACUUGAUUUGAAGAGAGCAUUCCAAAGAUUAAAUUAUUUCCCAACGAUCACUCUUAUUGUUGCACAAAAACGACAUCAAACUCGAUUUUUUCCAGACAGUUGGAGGGAUGGGUCUUCUAGCGGCAAUAUUUUACCGGGAACGGUUGUUGACACAAAAGUUACUCACCCCUUUGAGUUUGACUUUUACCUUUGUAGUUACUAUGGAAGCCUAGGUACAAGCAAGCCCACCCACUAUCAUGUUUUAUGGGAUGAGCACAAGUUUACAUCUGAUGAAUUGCAGAAACUUAUUUAUGAGAUGUGCUUCACCUUUGCAAGGUGCACUAAACCUGUGUCUCUAGUCCCUCCUGUGUAUUAUGCUGACCUUGCUGCUUAUAGAGGACGAUUAUACCACGAAGCAAAGACUGGGAUGCAACCUAAGAAGUCAAGAACAUAUUUGUCUUCUAAAGAUUCAUCAUCGAUUCCACCGACAGCUUCGUUUGAACAGGGAUUUUACAGGCUGCAUGCUGACCUGGAAAACAUUAUGUUCUUCAUCUAGUUGGCCUAUUAUCCACUCAUACAGAAUUGGGGGAAAAUCUUAUGACUUACUCCUGUCUUCACAUAUAUAUGCCUUCUGUUUUUUCUACUGAAAACAGUGAAGUAGUUUGUGUGUGAAUCUAACGGCGUAUGAGUCUGUUUUCUAGCUUACCUUUCCAUUUUAGAGGAAUUUUAUUCCAACGAAAAUUGACGGGCUCCAAUCAACCUGGUCUCAAAGCCUAGAUCUUCAAGUAAUAUUUUGAUCUCCAAAUGAGGUCGUAUUUUAGGCACUCCCUUUCUCUUCCCGGACCUCCUGCACCUUGAGGUAUGCCGUGUUAGCAAUUAGCAUCAUGUUUCAUUGUUACACUGGUAUCAUAGUUUUCGACAUCUACAGUAAAUCUUCAAACUUGCAUAGAAGCCUUUUAGAGACACAAAUACCACCAUCUCAGAAAGGAGGAAGUGAGAAAAUUGGACAAAAAUUAUACUUCAUGUAAAGAUUGUGAUUGAUAACAUGUAAGCUAUGUGCACAUUGAUUAUUACUUAAUGAUAUUGUAACCCCAAACAUUCGGAAUC